AUGGACGUGGUCGUGGACGUGGACGUGGACGUGGACGUGGACGUGGUCGUGGACGUGGACGUGGACGUGGACGUUGGCGUGGACGUGGACGUGGACGUGGACAUGGUCGUGGACGUGGACGUGGACGUGGUCGUGGACGUGGACGUGGACCUGGACCUGGACGUGGACGUGGACGUGGACGCGGACGUGGACGUGGACGCGGACGUGGACGUGGACGUGGACACGGACGUGGGGGACGUGGACGUGGACGUGGUCGUGGACGCGGUCGUGGACGCGGACGUGGACGUGGACGCGGACUUGGCCGCGGACAUGGACGCGGACGUGGACGCGGACGUGGACGUGGACGUGGACGUGGUCGUGGACGUGGACGUGGAAGUGGUCGUGGUCGUGGACGUGGACGUGGACGUGGACGUGGACCUGGACUUGGACGUGGACGUGGACCUGGUCCUGGACGUGGACGUGGUUGUGGACGUGGACGUGGACCUGGACUUGGACGUGGACGUGGACCUGGUCCUGGACGUGGAUGUGGACGUGGACGUCGACGUGGACGUGGACGUGGACGUGGACGCGGACGUGGACGUGGUCGUGGACGCGGACGUGGACGUGGUCGUGGACGCGGACGUGGACGCGGACGCGGACGUGGUCGACGUGGUCGUGGAUGUGGACGUGGACGUGGACGUGGACGUGGUCGUGGACGUGGACGUGGACGUGGACCUGGACGUGGACCUGGACGUGGACGUGGACGUGGACGUGGACUUGGACUUGGACGUGGACGUGGACGUGGUCGUGGACGUGGACGUGGACGUGGACGUGGUCGUGGACGUGGACGUGGACGUGGACGUGGUCGUGGACGUGGACGUGGUCGUGGACGUGGACGUGGUCGUGGACGUGGUCGACGUGGACGUGGACGUUGGCGAGGACGUGGACGUGGACGUGGACGUGGACCUGGACCUGGACGUGGACGUGGACGUGGACCUGGACGUGGACGUGGACGUGGACGUUAACCUUGACCUCGACAUGGACAUGGACCUGGACGCAGACGUGGACAUGGUCGUGGACGCGGACGCGGACGCGGACGUGGACGUGGACGUAGACGCGGACGUGGACGUGGACGCGGACGUGGGGGACGUGGACGCGGACGUGGUCGUGGACGUAGACGUGGACGCGGUCGUGGACGCGGACGUGGACCUGGAAGUGGACAUGGACGUGGACCUGGACGUGGUCGUGGACGUGGACCUGGACGUGGACGUGGACGUGGACGUGGACCUGGACGUGGACGUGGUCGUGGACGUGGACGUGGACGUGGUCGUGGACGUGGACGUGGACGUGGUCGUGGACGAGGACGCGGACGCGGACGUGGUCGUGGACGUGGUCGUGGACGGGGACGCGGACGCGGACGUGGUCGUGGACGCGGACGCGGACGUGGACGUGGACGUGGACGCGGACGUGGACGUGGUCGUGGACGUGGACGUGGUCGUGGACGUGGUCGUGGUCGUGGACGUGGUCGUGGACGUGGUCGUGGACGUGGUCGUGGUCGUGGACGUGGACGUGGACGUGGUCGUAGACGUGGACGUGGACCUAGACUUGGACGUGGACGUGGUCCUGGACGUGGACGUGGACGUCGACGUGGACGUGGACGUGGACUUGGACGUGGACGUGGACGUGGUCGUGGACGCGGACGUGGACGUGGUCGUGGACGCGGACGUGGACGUGGACGCGGGCGUGGACGUGGUCGCGGACGCGGACGUGGACGUGGUCGCGGACGUGGACGCGGUCGUGGACGCGGACGUGGACGCGGUCGUGGACGCGGACGUGGACGCGGACGUGGUCGUGGACGUGGACCAGGACGUGGUCGUGGUCGUGGACGUGGACGUGGACGUCGACGUGGACGUGGUCGUGGACGUGGACGUGGACGUGGUCGUGGACGUGGACGUGGUCGUGGACGUGGACGUGGACGUGGUCGUGGACGUGGACGUGGACGUGGUCGUGGUCGUGGACGUGGACGUGGACGUGGACGUGGACGCGGACGUGGACGUGGUCGUGGACGCGGACGUGGACGCGGACGUGGACGUGGUCGUGGACGUGGACGUGGACGUGGUCGUGGACGUGGUCGUGGACGCGGACGCGGACGUGGACGUGGACGUGGUCGUGGACGCGGACGCGGACGUGGACGUGGACGUGGACGUGGAAGCGGACGUGGACGUGGACGUAGACCUGGUCGUGGACGUGGACGCGGUCGUGGACAUGGACUUGGACGUCGUGGACGUGGACGUGGUGGCCGUGGACGUGGACGUGCACGUGGACGUGGACGUGGUCGUGGUCAUGGACGUGGACGUUGAAGUGGUCGUGGACGUGGACGUGGUCGUGGUCGUGGACGUGGACGUGGAGGUGGACGUGGUCGUGGUCGUGGACGUGGACGUGGUCGUGGACGUGGACGUGGUCGUGGACGUCGACGUGGACGUGGUCGUGGACGUCGACGUGGACGUGGUCGUGGACGUGGACGUGGUCGUGGUCGUGGUCGUGGACGUGGACGUGGUCGUGGACGUGGACGUGGACGUGGUCGUGGACGUGGACGUGGACGUGGUCGCGGACGCGGACGUGGACGUGGACGUGGACGCGGACGUGGACGUGGACGUGGACGCGGACGUGGACGUGGACGUAGACGUGGUCGUGGACGCGGUCGUGGACGUGGACUUGGACGUCGUGGACGUGGACGUGGUGGCCGUGGACGUGGACAUGCACGUGGACGUGGAUGUGGUCGUGGUCGUGCACGUGGACGUGGACGUGGUCGUGGUCGUGGACGUGGACGUUGAAGUGGUCGUGGACGUGGACGUGGUCGUGGUCGUGGACGUGGACGUGGACGUGGUCGUGGUCGUGGACGUGGACGUGGACGUGGACGUGCUCGUGGACGUGGACGUGGUCGUGGACGUGGACGUGGACGUGGACGUGGAACUGGUCGUGGACGUGGACGUGGCAUGGACGCGGACGCGGACGUGGACGCAGUCGUGGACGUGGACGGACGUGGACGUGGAUGGGGACGUGGACGCGGACGUGGACGUGGUCGUGGUCGUGGACGCGGACGUGGACGUGGUCGUGGACGUGGACGCGGACGUGGUCGCAGACGCGGACGUGGACGCGGACAGUGACGUGGACGUGGACGUGGACGUGGAUGUGGUCGUGGACGUGGACCUUGACGUGGACGAGGAUGUGGACGUGGACGUGGACGUGGUCGUGGACUUGGACGUGGACGUCGACGUCGACGUCGACGUGGACGUGGUCGUGGACGUGGACGUGGACGUGGUCGUGGACGUCGACGUGGAUGUGGACGUGGACGUGGUCGUGGACGUGGACGUGGACGUGCACUUGGACGCGGUCGUGGACGUGGACGUGGACGUGGUCGUGGACGUGGACGUGGACGUGGAUGUGCACGUGCACGUGCACGUGGACGUGGACGUGGACGUGGACGUGGACGUGGUCGUGGACGUGGUCGUGGACGUGCACGCGGUCGUGGACGUGGACGUGGUCGUGGUCGUGGACGCGGUCGUGGACGCGGACGUGGACGUGGACGUGGACGUGGUGGACGUGGACGUGGACGUGGUUGUGGACGUGGACGUGGACGUGGACGUGGUCGCUGUAGUGGAGUAG